AAAAUAUCUCUCUGUAUUCAGUUCUACGUUAGUUAUUCAUGGUCAUGUACCGUUUGUAAUUUUAAAUUUAUUUUUAUAUUAUUAACGCGACACAACAAAAAUAAAAUGUACAACAUUGCUGUGAUUGGGGGUGGAUGUAUGGGCUUAGCAUCUGCCUUAGAAAUACAAAAAUUAUUAAAAAAUAACGUUCAAGUGACUAUAUUUGCUGAGAAAUUCACCCCAGAUACUACAAGUGAUAUUGCUGCCGGAUUAUGGGAACCUUAUUUGUUAGGGGAAACUGAACCAGAAAAUUUGAUAAGAUGGGGUAAAGGAACUUAUGAUUAUUUGACUCAACUCUGGCAAGAAGGCAAAGCCAAAGAAGCAGGCAUUUGCCUUCAGCCUUGUAUAAAUUUGAACGAGGAAGCCAGCGAAGAAACACCUGUUUGGCUACCCAUAACUUUAGGCUACAGUAAACUCACUCCAGGCCAUUUAAAAAGUUUAAACGAGCAAUAUAAAUGGAAUUUUAACGUGGGAUAUUCCUUUAUUACUUUUACUUGGGAGGGCGCUAUUUUUCUACCUUAUUUGAUGAAAAUUUUUUCAGAGAAUGGAGGUAAAACAGUACAGAGACGCAUAGAACAUUUUAACGAACUAAGUAAUUAUGAUGUUAUCGUAAACUGUACUGGAUUGGCAUCAAGAGAUUUAUUAAAUGAUUUGGACGUAACGCCUAUUAGAGGACAGAUUAGACGAGUUAAAGCUCCAUGGCAGUAUAGUAGUUUUCUUAUAGAUCAUAAAAAUGAAGGAUCUUGUUAUAUCAUUGCUAAUACUCAUUCUGUUGUUUUAGGAGGAACCAAACAGAAAAGCUUCGAUACCACUCUAAGUGACGCAGACAGUGACAGAUUCCUAAACCAUCUCAAUCGGUUUAUUCCUUCAUUAAAAGACGCAGAAGUGGUUAAAAAUGUUGUGGGUCUCAGACCUUACCGUAGCAAAGUAAGGCUAGAAGAAGAAUUUCUCAAGACUCCCGAUGGAAAGACACUGAAAGUAGUUCAUAAUUAUGGUCAUGGUGGAUCUGGUCUUAGUUUAUCAGUCGGGUGUGGUCAACAUGCAGCUGAGUUAGUGGUGAAGAUGCUUCGAGUUGAUAAAAAUAAAUUAUAAUAUACUGAUAAUAUAAUUGCAAUUUUUGAUAUUGUAAAUACUUUUUCGUGAAAUAAUAAAAUAUAUAUCGUAAUAAAAUAUUACGAUAAUUAAAAUUUAA